UAAUUACCCUUUCUUCUUCAUUGUUAAAACUUUUUUCGUCUCUGAAAAAGGGGCUAAUCUUCAGCACUAUUAACACGAUUCAAAAAUCAAAAUCACGCACACGUAAUCUACGUACUCUGCGCCGAUAUCUAUACAUAUUCAACAAGGAAAGUGGCGGUGACAUUGCGUAUAUACAUACACAUUUUGUGUCUAUCUUCAACUGCAUUUGUUUUGUCGGCAUCUACAAUAGCCGGCCGGUGAUUAUCGUUUUUUUUCCCGGAGACGGCCGGAUCGUCGAGUUGAGGUGGCGUAUCGGACGGUGAGAAUGCACGUUUUCAAAUUUGAGAUUGUUAUUGUCGGCGGUAGCGGAGAUUUGAUUAUUAGUGAAUAUAGAAAUUACAAAUUGGCGAGGAAUUAGGGUUUGGUAGAGAUUGACGAUGCAGCUUCACUUCUCACCUAGCAUGAGAAGUGUAACAAUCUCGAGCAGCAAUGGAUUUUCUGACUUGAUGAAGAUCAAAGUCGCAGCUCGUCAUAUUUCUUACCGUACACUUUUUCACACCAUUCUUAUUCUCGCUUGUUUGUUGCCGUUCCUCUUCAUUCUUACUGCUCUCGUUACUCUCGAAGGCGCUAACAAGUGUUCUUCUUUCGAUUGUUUAGGCAGGCGGUUGGGACCAAGGUUUCUUGGCAGGGCUGACAGUUCAGGGAGGUUGGUUAAGGAUUUGUACAAGAUAUUAAAUCAAGUGAAUUCUGAGGAUAUCCCAGAUGGCAUAAAGCUCCCCAAGUCAUAUAGUCAACUUGUUUCUGAAAUGAAAACCAAAAAAUACAAAGCAAAGGAGUUUGCUCUUAUUUUGAAGGGAAUGAUGGAGGAAUCUGAUAAGGAAUUAAAGGAAUCAAAGUUUGCAGAACUACUGAACAGACACUAUGCAGCUAGUUCUGUUCCAAAAGGCAUUCACUGUCUUGCUCUGCGUCUUACUGAUGAGUACUCUUCCAAUGCACGUGCAAGGAGACAGUUGCCUUCCCCUGAGUUUCUCCAUGUGCUUUCUGACAACUCAUAUUACCACUUUGUUUUCUCAUCUGAUAACAUUCUGGCUGCUUCAGUUGUGGUCAAUUCUGCUGUCCAGUCUUCUACAAAACCUGAUAGAAUUGUAUUCCACAUCAUUACCGACAAGAAAACUUAUGCAGGGAUGCACUCAUGGUUUGCUUUGAAUCCUGUAGCCCCUGCUAUAGUUGAAGUAAAAGGUGUUCAUCAGUUUGAGUGGUUAACUCGAGAAAAUGUUCCUGUGCUCGAAGCCGUGGAAAACCAUUCUGGAAUUUGGAACUACUACCACGGUAACCAUGUUUCAGGGGCCACUCUUAAAAAUACCACUCCACGGAAAUUUGCAUCCAAAUUACAGGCUAGAAGCCCAAAGUACAUUUCGCUGCUCAACCAUCUUCGCAUAUAUUUACCAGAGCUCUUCCCAAACCUUGACAAAGUGGUUUUCCUAGAUGAUGAUGUUGUAAUUCAGCGUGAUCUGACUCCACUUUGGAAAAUUGACCUUGGUGGAAAGGUCAAUGGAGCUGUUGAAACCUGUAAAGGUGAAGAUGACUGGGUAAUGUCUAAGCGAUUGAAAACUUACUUUAAUUUCUCACAUCCCCUCAUUUCGAAGAACUUAGAUCCAGAUGAAUGUGCUUGGGCUUAUGGUAUGAAUAUCUUUGACUUGCGUGCAUGGAGGAAGACUGAUAUCAAAGACAGAUACCACACCUGGCUAAAGGAGAAUCUGAAUUCGAAUCUCACAAUGUGGAAGCUUGGUACUCUGCCACCAGCUUUAAUUGCUUUCAAAGGUCACGUCCGCCCAAUUGACUCAUCAUGGCACAUGCUGGGUCUUGGAUACCAAAAUAAGACCAAUAUCGAGAGUAUAAAAAAGGCUGCCGUAAUUCACUACAAUGGCCAAGCAAAGCCAUGGCUCGAAAUAGGUUUUGAACAUCUCCGACCAUUUUGGACAAAAUAUGUCAACUAUUCCAACGAUUUCAUCAAAAGUUGCCACAUAUUGGAGUAGUAGUAACAUUAGAGUGCAUCCAAUCAAAAUUUGAUCGCUGCUCCCCACUCUGACCUUUUGAAGUAAAAACAUGCAUCACCUGCAUGGGGAGAUGAUUGUUCAUUCUUUAAUUCGGAAAUAUCAGCCUGCUUAUCUUUCAAAGGAAUAUGUUGGCCAUUUACCCCAGAGCGUAUACAGACAAAGGAUCUGAAGAUGAUAGGUUUUCGGUGCAAGGCCUAGCUUUAGAAUUGUUGCUCCAGAUAUAGAUUUUACCAUCUGUUUUUUGAUUCCUUAUUCUAUAAUCAUUUCUUUUAAGUUGCAGCUGUCACUCUGUUUUGAGCCCCUUUAUAAUCUCUAACACGAACAACCCAUCAUCAAUCCGUAACUGGGCAUGGUAGCUCGCUGGAUUAGUACUUACUCAACUUAGUAGGUUCUGUGUCAGUAUUGUGUAUGAUUCAUUAGAUACUUAUAAAAUGUGCAGAAAACUAUUUAUUUC